AUGGAAAGUGGAAAGAGUUCUGUCGAGACAAGAGAGUCAGCCGGCCGACUGCUACCUCACUCUUGUGUUCAUUGCCGAACACCACUUCGAAUCUCUUCGAGCCGGUCUCGGCCAAUACCGCGAAUUCUUUUUCCUCAAACCAGUAGGCAAGCCCGCGAGGCGUAUCUCGAUGGUUGUACGAUCUUCAAAGAGCUUAUCGAGAAUUACAGUCGUCAGAGAAUUUGGCAGCUGAUCAAGAAACAUUAUCUCGACAGAUGCGACCAUUGCCGGAGCGUUCGCCAGCGUUUCGAACAUGUCCUGAGAAGCCUGAGUCGCAAACCUUUCACACUGACUCUAGAAGCCUGUCCUGAUGCUCGUGGCCCGGAGCCAGCAUUGCUUUCUUUCGCAUAUCUUGACAGUGGAAAUGGAGUACAAGGGAGGCGUCUCAACGCAUACACUUAUACUGGGGACAAUGUUGAAUGGAUGUUACCUUCGAUCGAUCUGGAAGUGCAUUCUUCUCAGACUAUAUUAAAUGUAAAGCAGUGGCUGUCGAACUGUACCUGCGUCUCAAGCAAAAAUGGCGACGGUCCGUUUAGACCUACGCGAAUUAUUGACUUGGGAGGCGAACCAAGUAGCGACGGCUUCGCGGUCAAAAAGUCAGAAGAGACAUCUGUUCCGGCUUACGUUUGUCUGUCGUACUGCUGGGGUGACCGGCAGUCACUCUAUUGCUCAAGCCGCAAUAUUGACUCAAGUGGAGCCUGGAACGGGCACAUUAGCAGUCUACCAGCAGCAUUCCAAGACACUUUCAGUAUAGCUCGCGAAUUAGGCUUUCGGUACUUAUGGAUUGACAGUUUGUGCAUCGUCCAAGAUGAUAACGAUGAUAUGAAGAGGGAAAUUCUUCAGAUGCCUCUCAUAUACAAGAACGCAGAGCUGACAAUCUGUGCAUCUUCGACGGAAUCUUGCCGGGAAGGAUUCCUUCAGUCUAGGCCAGAUUACAGCGAAUAUCAGAUACCGGUCAAGUUUCCCGAUGGGCGUGGUGGUACGGUUUAUCUGGACAGCCACAAAUGUUGGCUUCCGCCAGCGACCGAGCCGCUGGGCACUCGCGCAUGGGCGUACCAAGAGCGCCUACUGUCACCUCGAUUGUUGGAGUACGGCUGGAGAACUGUCCGCUGGUCUUGCUCGUGCUGUACUAGCUAUGGCGGCCACCAGCGUCUUCCUUCUCUCAACAAAGACUCAACCGCACAAGACGGCUCUCUCAAUUAUAAUCUGUUCCCAACUCUCAAUCCUCUUAGCGUUCCAACAUUCCCACGCUCCAGAGAAGAGCUCUUUCAGUCCUGGAAAUUCAUCGUCGAGGAGUAUUCCACUCUCAAACUUACCUUUGCAGACGACCGUUUGGCAGCUAUUGGUGGAGUCGCCCAAGAAUUGCGUCGACUCACCGGCAUUCCGUAUCUCGCAGGCUUGUGGAACUACGAGACACUUCCUUCGCUCUUACAAUGGAGAGUGAUCGCUCCUCCAAGCGAAAUGCAUACGCGACCGAGGAUCGAUCGAACGCCAUCGUGGUCAUGGGCCGGCCUCGAUAAUGCUGUUUCAAUCCACUGCAGCGAAGAAGCAAUUCCUCAAUUCAGGAUCCUGACUGCGAGCGCUGUAGGGGGCUUCGGAAAGACCGCUCAUGGAUCGAUCACGAUCCAUAGUCUCGCUAGAAGCGGAAGAUGGUGGUGUGAAGCAGGAGAUUUAAGAAUGGGAACGGUAAAAUCGAACAUGCGGAGUACAAAGGAGUCAAUGGAUGGGUUGGUCGUUUGGCCAGAUUGUGCCGAUGAGAUCGUUACUUUUGUGAAUGGUGCUGUGGUCGCUCUCCAAAUUGACCUUACAUUCAUUGCCGUUGGGAUAGCUAAUUGGGAUAGAAAUCGAGUAAGGGGCUUGAUUCUGCAGAAGGGCUGUAGUGAUGUCCAUACUCGUGUCGGCUUUUUUCAUGCGUCGCUCAGCUCUGUACGGAGUUGGCAGGCGUUCACUGUCGAGAUUGUGUAA